AUGCUCCCCGAGCCCACUUUCACCUUCACCAUUCCUUCGAUACACGAUGACACAACUCUUGAUUGUCGCUUAUAUAGUCCCCCACAUGCGGUAUUGAACCCUACAAAUGGCGAGUCGGCAUGGGGCCCACGAGGGGCAAUUGUUGCUCAUCCAUAUGCACCGUUUGGUGGAUGCUACGAUGAUGGGGUUGUCUUAUCAGUUGCUGCUGAGAUACUGAAGCAGGGAUUUGUGGUUGGGACAUUCAACUUUCGUGGUGCAGCAUCCUCGAAAGGCAAAACCAGCUGGCAAGGCAAGCCCGAGACUGAGGACUACUCCUCCUUCGUUGGGUUCUUUGUACACUACCUCGAAAGCCUCAGGGACUGUGGGCCCCGUACACGCUUGUCUAGAACCCCUGACACAACGUUGCCCUCGAUACCAUCGGCCUAUGAGCUGUCCUCGCUGCCUCAUACAACUAAUUGUGGUGGCAUGAAAUUGAUAAUCGCUGGCUACUCCUACGGCUCCCUUAUAACGACCUUUCUACCCCCAAUAGAGGAUAUACUACAACGCUUUGCACGAUUCAACAAAGGUACCGCAGAGGCAGAGAUCAGGCUUCGGGCUGUCAGUUUAGCAGCGCAAUGGAACAAGGACGCCGUAUUAUACCGCGAAGCACAACAAGCUCAGCAGACGAGCUCUCAUGAGAAGCUCAAAGUAUCAACGCAUGCAAUGACGGUGGCCGUUGGAGGAGAAGAAUCUGACCCGGGCAGUCGCCGUGCAAGCCAUGAAGGCAGAAGAAGUCUGGACGCUGUUCGAAGGAGUAUGGAAAGGUCGAGAAAGAAGUUGCUACGACAGCAUAGCAGCGAAGUGUCUGAGCAAACAUUCGUCGUUGAGAGCCUUCUUACGCAUGGAAGUUCCUCCACCGCAGACGCAUUAUCUAUUGAUAUCUCCUCUGCAGCCACCAAUCUCAAUGUUUACAACAAUGUUCUCAAAUAUGCGCUCAGGGUAUCUGGCUCAGAGAGAAGCAAAGUUCUUGAAUCAUCCCACGCUAGUCAUCUAUGGCGACAAGGAUUUCUUCACGUCGCAGAAGAAACUGCGAAGAUGGGCCGAGAGUUUGAAGUCUAA